GGUCUUCUGAAUGCCAAACGAUGCCAGCGAAUUUCGCUCAGUUUCGAGGAAAAUCGCGUCGCGCCAACUUGGGAAAUGCGUUGCGUCGUGUCCCGUGGAAAUCAUCGCGACUAAGGCCCCGAGAAUCCCCAAAGGAUUAGCCCGAAAAUAAUAACAAUAAUCGCAAGCGGCAAACGGCGAACUGCAAACAAAGUGUGACCAAAGUGAUAUAUGUGUGGCCUGUCUGGCCGUCGAUUCGCAAAUCCAUUGCUAUUUUCGUAGUCGCUCGCUUUGUGGGCAAUUAGCACAAAGUGUCGAGCAAUUUUCCGUCUCAAUUGAAGUGCUGCUUACCCUUUGCCAAAAGCAUCCGUUAAACAAUGUGAUGACUUAAUGAAAAGUUAAUACGUCUCUGAAUAAUUGCAGCAAAUUGAAAUAUUAAUUGUUCAACAUUUGUUUCGUGUGCGCCGCGGGCCAAAGUUGUCUCUAUCUCGCUAUAUUGGCAUUGCCUGGCUAAAAAUACAAGAAAGUCCACAGCUAUACAAAUUAUAACAACAAGUUUUAUUUAUUGCCUAAAUAUAUUUGUGUGUUUUGUGUGCUGCUGUGUUGGUGUCUCGUCGUCCAUAAAGACGCUAGGCAAAGGCGUAUAAUUAUCUAAAUUCCUGUGUUAGUAACACUUUCAGCACCAGCAAACAGUCAAGCCAUUAAAAAAUAUAUACCGAGCUAAGGCAUCGCGAAAAUCAGCACCAACAGAACGCAGAAAAAUUAAUAAAAAAAUAAAUAAAAAUUUAACAAAAAGCAGGGGCCGAAUAAAUAAUCAAGCAUCAUGUCGGCGGCCUCCACGCGAAGUUCGGUGACGAGGAAAUCAUCGCUAUCAAAAAGUUCUAGUUCAGACAAAUCGGCAAAGUCCUCGACGAAUUCCUCGAAAUCCCCGACAGCCGCCAGUGGAAACAAACAGAAAAUGCAGUACACAAAAACCAGGGAGCGCAUGGUCGAUGAUGUUCCACUGCCGCCCACCCACAAGCUGACCAUGUCGGAGGUAUACGACGAUCCGAAGACCGGAAAGCCCAACUUCGACGCCCUGCGCCAGCACUUUCUGCUGGAGGGGCGGAUCGAGGAGGCGGUGGCCCUGAGGAUCAUCACCGAAGGAGCCGCCCUGCUGCGCGAGGAGAAGAACAUGAUCGACGUGGAGGCACCCAUUACCGUGUGCGGGGACAUCCACGGGCAGUUCUUCGAUCUCGUAAAGCUCUUCGAGGUGGGCGGCCCGCCGGCCACCACCAGGUACCUUUUCCUAGGCGACUACGUGGACAGGGGAUACUUCAGUAUUGAGUGCGUUCUCUACCUGUGGUCCCUGAAAAUAACCUACCCCACCACACUUUCCCUGCUGCGAGGAAAUCACGAGUGCAGGCACCUCACAGAGUACUUCACCUUCAAACAGGAAUGCAUCAUCAAGUAUUCGGAAAGUAUUUACGACGCCUGCAUGGAGGCGUUCGACUGCCUGCCCCUCGCCGCGCUCCUGAACCAGCAGUUCCUCUGUAUUCACGGCGGUCUGUCGCCCGAGAUUUUCACACUCGACGACAUCAAGACGCUGAAUCGCUUCAGGGAACCGCCGGCCUACGGGCCCAUGUGCGACCUGCUCUGGUCCGAUCCUCUGGAGGACUUUGGCAACGAGAAGACCAACGAGUUCUUCUCGCACAACUCGGUGCGCGGGUGCUCCUACUUCUUCAGCUACUCGGCCUGCUGUGAGUUCCUGCAGAAGAACAACCUGCUGUCGAUAGUCAGGGCCCACGAGGCCCAGGAUGCGGGGUAUCGCAUGUAUCGGAAGAACCAGGUUACGGGCUUCCCCUCGCUGAUCACCAUUUUCUCCGCCCCCAAUUAUCUGGAUGUUUACAACAACAAGGCAGCUGUGCUCAAGUACGAGAACAACGUGAUGAACAUCCGCCAGUUCAACUGCUCGCCACAUCCCUACUGGCUGCCCAACUUCAUGGACGUCUUCACAUGGUCGCUGCCCUUCGUGGGCGAAAAGGUAACCGAGAUGCUGGUCAACAUCCUGAACAUUUGCUCAGACGAUGAGCUGGUGGCCGGACCCGAUGACGAGCUCGAGGAAGCUUCAAUGUCGGCGCUGCGCAAAGAGAUAAUUCGGAAUAAGAUUCGGGCCAUUGGCAAGAUGUCGCGCGUCUUCUCCAUCCUCAGGGAGGAAUCCGAGAGCGUGCUCCAGCUGAAGGGUCUGACGCCCACGGGCGCCCUGCCAGUGGGCGCCUUGUCCGGCGGAAGGGAUUCCCUCAAGGAGGCUCUGCAAGGACUGACCGCAUCCUCGCACAUCCACUCCUUUGCGGAGGCCAAGGGCCUGGAUGCGGUCAACGAACGGAUGCCGCCGCGUCGUCCUCUUUUGAUGAGUGCCAGCAGCAGCAGCAUCACCACGGUCACAAGGAGCAGCAGCAGCAGCAACAACAACAACAACAACAACAGCAGCAACACCAGCAGCACCACGACGACAAAGGACAUCAGCAACACCAGCAGUAAUGACACCGCAACCGUAACCAAAACGAGCAGGACGACUGUGAAAUCGGCCACCACCAGUAAUGUGCGGGCAGGAUUCACCGCCAAGAAGUUCUCAUAGGGGGUGAAGCACUUGCCUGCUCAACACUGAUUUGUAUCUUUUUCGUUUCGACCUUCUGUUACCCAUUUAAGUUUACACCUUGUUAGGGUAAGGUCAGACGUGGCCAUAAAUUAACGCAAACUGUUGCCACCAUUCAACUUUCGUCACAAAGUUCUGAUAACUUCGCAUAUGAGAUAGAUAAACAUGAAACUAGGACACUAGUUUGCGCCAAUUUAUUUCAGUGUCUGACCUUAGCUGUAGUUAAAAUUUUAUACAACAACUUUCUCUAAUGCUAGUCAUAAACCAACAAAUUGCAGCCUGCGAUUGCUCAGCUUUCGAUUGCAGGUGCAUACUUAUAGAAUCUCUCCGCAAAAACUCCCGGGCGAUAUUAGCAAAAAUUUAUACGUGACAUGAAAAACAGUUUAAUAAAAGGUGGCUACAAAUAGCUAAACAAAUGA